GGGACAGAUACCAGCCGCAGGGCCUUUAGGGCACCUCCCUGAGCCGCUGCUCCAUGGAGUCUCUGCCCAGUGCAGCCUGAAGGGUCUGGAGCGACCUGACUGACAGAGACCCACCUGCCCUCUUGACAACAAAGAGAGAUUUACCAGCUGGGGCAAGGGGGAUCCUCACCUCGAACCAGCCAGUUAUUCCCAGCUGCAGAAUCUAAGGUCUGCAGCUGGGUUUAGACAACAGGAGGCCAGCAGCACAGUGAAGGAGUGAGAGUUGCUGGGAGCUACCAAACGUCGCUGACCGCCACCAGGCACCAUGACGACGAGCAGCGGUCCCUCAGACAGGUAUAAAGCCGUCUGGCUGAUCUUCUUCAUCCUCGGCCUGGGGACACUGCUGCCAUGGAAUUUUUUCUUGACAGCCACCAGGUAUUUCACCAACCGCCUCGGGGAUCCCCAGAACGUUUCCUCCUUGGAACGCCUCCCUGGGCUGAACAGCACGUAUGAGGGCCGGGAGCUUCCCCCCACCUACCUGCAGGCCAGGUUCAACAACUUCAUGACACUCUGCGCCAUGCUACCCCUGCUCAUCUUCACCUGCCUCAACUCCUUCCUCCACCAGAGGAUCCCCCAGAAAGUCCGUAUCCUGGGCAGCCUGGUUGCCAUCCUUCUGGUCUUCAUGAUGACGGCUGCCUUGGUAAAGGUCCCCCUGGAGCCGCUCCCCUUCUUCGUUGUCACCAUGGUCAAGAUCAUCCUCAUCAAUUCCUUUGGUGCCAUCCUCCAAGGCAGCCUCUUUGGAUUGGCUGGGCUGCUGCCUGUCAGCUACACAGCCCCCAUCAUGAGCGGGCAGGGCAUGGCAGGGACCUUCGCAGCUCUGGCCAUGAUCUGCGCUAUCUCCAGCGGCUCAUUGCUGGCAGACAGCGCCUUUGGCUACUUCAUCACAGCCUGCGUGGUGGUCCUGCUGGCCAUUGGCUCCUACAUCCUGCUGCCCCGCCUGGAUUUCUUCCGUUACCACUCAAUGAAGGACAAGACCGAGUAUCGGGUCCACGAGAGGCAUGCUGAGCUGGAGACCAAGAUCGACCUGAUCAAGAAAGAUGAGCCCAAUGGGGUGGAACAGAGUUACCCGAGCAACACGGCCCCCCAAGUUCCCGGCCAGAAGCCCUCCGUCUUCAGCAUCUUUAAGAAGAUCUGGGUCAUGGCUCUGUCCGUCUGCUUGGUCUUCACUGUCACCAUUGGGGUCUACCCGGCCGUCACCGCCGAGGUAAAGUCCACGAUCGCCGGGAGCAGCAAUUGGGAGAUGUACUUCAUCCCUGUCUCCUGUUUCCUGAUGUUUAAUGUCUUCGACUGGCUGGGACGGAGCCUCACGGCCAUCUGCUUGUGGCCUGGGAAAGACAGCCGGCUCCUGCCCUUCAUGGUGGCUGCCCGCAUAGUCUUCAUCCCCCUCUUCAUGCUGUGCAACGUGCAGCCCCGCAGCCACAUGCCUGUUUUCUUCCACCAUGACGCCUGGUACAUCAGCUUUAUCAUCCUCUUCUCCGUCUCCAAUGGCUACCUGGCCAGCCUCUGCAUGUGCUUCGGGCCCAAGAAGGUGCUCACCCACGAAGCUGAGACGGCCGGAGCCAUCAUGGCCUUUUUCCUCUCGCUGGGCCUGGCGCUGGGAGCCGUGUUCUCCUUCCUCUUCCGGGUGGUGAUCUAGCGGGGAGGCAGCAUGGACACUGAGGCCAUGCUUGGCUCAGCUUCUCAUCCCCUGGCCAGCGCAUAGAGGCUACGGUGCUGGGGGGGGACGUCUCCUGUGCACUGCUAUGAACUCUCACUGCCUUAGCAGACCUUAUGCCCUGUGACCUUGGGAGUGACCUCCACCUGCCCUGAGGAUGGCUUGGGGCUCCUAGGGCUGGGUCACUUUGCCCUACCCCCGGCUUGUGUGAUGGCUCCAGGACUUGUGUGCCAUCAUGUGCCCCCUGUACUGUGUGUGACCGCUGGAUCCCAUGCACACACAGAUCUCCCCCUGCCCGGUGUUGUGUGACUUUCUCCCCACACACAGAUGCCAGGAUCCUGUCUCGAAUUCAUAUCACACCCGCCAAGUGUGGGGUCCUUGGCUCAAAAGAGAAGAGAGUGCCUGGGGUCACUGCUCCCUUGGGGGCUGCUUGUGACUUGCUCUCCCCAUCCCGGCCUCCUCUCAAGGGGUCCCUGGAGAGUUCACCCUUGUCCAGUUUCUCUCCCCCUGCCCCCAGCAAGGGAAAUGAACUAACCCCCAUGCCCGGCUGAGGGAAGGGGAGCCCUGCAGACUGCACCCCUACCCCCUCCGCCCUAUAUACGUGUGUGCUGCCCAUCCCUAUAGCUGCUGAUCCUCUCAGACAUUUGUGGCUUUAUUCCUUCCCACUCCCUCCCGAGAGCUAGGGAAUGUCAUGACCCCAGACUCCAGAUGGGGAACUGGGGCAGGGCUGGAGAUAGAGCCCAGGUGUCUGGAGUGCCUGUCAGAUGCCUCAAUUACUGCACCUCCUUCCUCUUCUCCUGCCCUGGCCUUUCCCCUGCUCCUGACCUCCCUCCAGGUGCCAUUCACCCCAGCUGCUUGCACUGCCCCAGACUGAUCUGCCCCCUGCGGCAGUCCCUGCCUUACCCAGCAGGAGGUGCUACAGGAGUGGAGCAGGCACGCUAGCAGUGGGGGGCGCCCACAGAGUGAGAAGGCCAAAGCAGGACAGCACUGCCACGAGCCACCCCAUGCUCUGCGAGGCCUUGCCUGGCUGAGUGCCCCUUGGCGCAGGCGGGGGCCCGGCCCGUUUGUCUCUGUAAAUGUAUCUGUACAGUUGCCAUUUUCUAUACAAAGAGUGAACAUGC